UCAACUGUCGCAAGUUUUGGAUUGGAGAACAUAUUUGCUGAACAGCCAUGCCGGACCUAUGGCUUUUCCACCAACUUCUGCUAACUCAGAAAGGUCAGAUACAGGGAAUUUUUGGUCUCUCAAGGUGGAAAGUUCGGAUCGGACAUCUCCAACUACAGAAACACGUGUCCAGUUGCAUGAAGAAACUAACGUGUCAAACGACUCUGUUUGUGGGUGUUAUAAGCGGGUUCCCUCGUAUUUCUCAGCCUUUGGAUCAGAUGGUCACUCUCAGAUGGCAUGUACUAAUUCUGAUUUCAACACUACCAACAACAAUAACAAUAACAUCAACAACAAGCCUUAUCCCACUAAGUAAGAUCGAUUACAUAAAUUAUAUGACAUCAUUGUUCUCUAUCAUUAAGUUUUUAAA